UGCAUCGUUGUGGAACUCAUCAUUGAUGACUUGGUCCACUUCCGGUGCCUCCUGCAUUGCUUCCACAGCAUUUCAUCAUCUGUGCCAUCCAUGGUGUUUGUGAGGAAAUAUAUUUUGAAUCCCAAGAGUUUUGGUUCAGCAGCCCACCCUCUCGCCCUCCUUUCAACUACAAUCUAUAGCAGCUUUCCUACGGCUUCUAGUGGCUAUCAAAACAACGUGUGAUCAAACUACGUAGAAAUGAGCGUAAUUGGCACAUUUAGAAAAAGCGAGCAUUUCAAAUGUGUGCGGUCUCCUGUUUUUUUUUUUUUUUAAUGUACUCAUUACGCUCGUAGUACGUAAAUUGAGCUCACGUUGUUUUGACAGAGAGCAGAAGCCAUUGGCGUCUCAUUGUUUUGACUGCCGCGCUGGUUCAGUGUUGCUCGCGUCAGCGAUGACACAUUUCUUUUAAAAGUGGCUGCACAACUAGUCCUUGUUGUCGACAUUUUUUGUCUUGGUUUAAGUUAAAACCAACUCCCAGGCAGUCGCUUCUGAUCUUUGGGCCAGGAGCAACAAAUAUGCUACGCUAACAAUCGUAAAAUGCAAAGCUCCCCCAAGUAGGUAAAAUGGCUCAGCUGCGUGGGGGGUCCAGAGUCCUUGCCCAGCCAGUGUCUGUCUCCAUUUUCAACAGACCUGAAGCAAUAGUGGAGCAGGAGCAGACAUUGUUGCCAAAAACACAUUCAGCAGUCCUGACCCACUCGUUCCAGACAAGUGCAGUCUCACAGGAUAUUGACACUGCAGCAAAGUUCAUUGGUGCUGGUGCUGCCACAGUGGGAGUUGCUGGUUCCGGAGCUGGUAUUGGGACAGUUUUUGGUAGCCUCAUCAUUGGGUAUGCCAGACAGCCAAGGUUACUACCGUGUGCCUGUCAAACUAUCCACUCGUGCCUUUCAACCAACCCUGAAGGACAUCUUGGGACUCAAGUGCACAAAAGAGGACUUACUACAUCAGAGAGUAUUCUCCGGACUUUUUUUCGACAACUCUUGCCCAUUCACUGAAUCUUUCACCGGAGUUACUCAUCGGCGUACUCUUCAAGGCUACGCGUCAGUAACGAAGGGGGGCACAAGCCGGAUCACAAGUUAACUUGCGGAAAAUAGGACAUUGACGAGCGCUCCCGUCGAUUCAUCACGUGAACCUAUGCUCCCUAGCUAACAAAAUAGACGAACUUCUGCUUCUGAUCAGGACCUGUAAAGACUUUGGACGUUCUGCAGCCCUGUGCUUUGCAGAUGGACCACGGACGCCGCAAUUACACUACCGGGCUUUCAACUGAACCAUGCGGACGGCGUCCUGGAGCUAACAUAGAAAUAGAAAGGUGGUGGAAUAUGCUUUUACAUCAAUGAGAAAUGGUUACACAGCUAAGCACGCACUGCAGCCCGGUUUGAGAGUUGUUUUUUAACCAUAAGCCAUUUUAUUCCCCACGUGAAUUGACAUCUUUUAUUCUAGUCGGUAUGUACAUUCCACCUCAAGCGAGCAUGAACGCCGCACUGCUAAUGUUCGCCGAGCAGGUAAAGAUAGUGAAAAAAAACGCCCAGAUUCACCGCUCAUUAUCCAAGAAGAUUUCAACACAGCUAAACUUAAUCACAAACUCCCUCCAUAUAAGCAGCACGUGAAGUGUCCGACUUCACUUACACUUUACAUCUACACAUUUACACUUCCAUAAAAACACAUCUUGUGCAAUUCCUCGUGCACCCGUUGGCUCCUCUGAUCACUGGGUGUUGUACAUAAUACCGACAUACAGGCAAGCACUUAAAUGUGUGAAGCCUUUGGUAAAAUCAGUUAAAAAGUGGACCAGCGAAGCCAAAUUAAACCCUCCAAGCUGCUUUGACUGUACAGACUAGAGUGUGUUUUUCGAUGACUACAUGGAUAUUGUUACCGCAUAUGUGAGCUUCUGUGAGGCGUGUGUGUUCCAACAAAAUCCUUUCACACGUUCAAGAACAACAAAACGUGGUUUUCAGCCAGAUUUAGGCAACUCUGCCAGGCUACAGAGAUUGCAUGUUGUAGUGGAGACAGGCCCCUCUACAAUUGCACUAGAAAUUAGCUGACCCAGGAAAUUAACAUUCCAAAGAGAGACUAUGCAGUUAAACUGGAAAAACAUCUUGGCGCUAAUGAUUACAAAUCACUUUGGCACAGUCUACAAUCGCUCACCAACUACAAGCGGCAUUCAUCUCCGGUAGAAAACAAGAGCGGGCUAGCCACUGACCUAAAUAGCUUUCAAAAUAGACACUUCCAUACGACACACCUAAGCCGCACCACAUGCCGCAUCACCUUCCACUCCACUGUUUAGCAUCCAUGAAGGGGACUUUAGACAGAUUUUCAAACAACAAAAGAUAAACAAAGCACCGGGCUCAGACCUCGUGUCCCGAGCUUGCCUCAAAGUCUGCACUGACCAACUUGCUCCUGUCUCCGCAAAGAUCUUCAAUAGGUCUCUACAAUUGUGUGCACUACCAGCUUGCUUCAAACGCUCCACCAUUAUACUGGUCCCCCAAAAAGCAGCGGUCUCAUGUCUUAAUGACUACAGGCUUGUUGCCUUGACAUGUGUGGUCAUGAAGUCCUUUGGACGCCUUGUGCUGGAGCACCUCAAGAGCAUCACAGGUCCCCAGCUGGAUCCAUUGCAGUUUGCCUAUCGAGCUAACAGGUCUGCGGAUGAUGCAGUCAACAUGGGUCUGCACUUCAUCCUUGAACACCUCAACAGCGAGCGUACCUAUGCAAGGAUCCUGUUCGUGGACUUCAGCUCUCCGUUCAACACCAUCAUCCCUGAACUCCUCCAAACAUCUCCAGCUCGGUAUCUCGCCUGCCAUCUUCCGGUGGCUCUACAACUUCCUGAAGGGCAGGACACAACAGGUGGGGCUGGGAGACACCACCAAAUCCACAUGCACCAUCAGCACCAGAGCACCCCAAGGUUGUGUCUCUCACCUAAGCUCUUCUCGCUCUAACUGCACCUCGUGACAUCCAACUGUCAAACUCCUGAAGUUAGCAGAUGGCAACACGGUCAUCGGCCUCAUCAAAGACGGCGACGAUUCUGCAUAUCGACAAGACGUGGCGACACUGCUUUGGUGUAGUCAACACAACCUGCCGUUGAACACUAUAAAGACUGUAGAGAUGAUUGUGGAAUUUAGGAGGCAACCUUCACCAGUUGCCCCUCAUGCUGUCCAACUGUCUUGUGGCAACCAGUCACUCACAUUUGAAACAUGUAUGCAUGUGGCCAGUCAUGCUCGCAGAUCUAAAGUUACGGGUGAAGUCCACCAGUCAUGCCCGCAUAUCUAAUGUUGCAGGUGUGUGUUCUGUUUGUAAUUAUGAGUGUGCCCCUUUAAGAGCUGAACUGUAAGGUAAAGGAAGUAGAAGGAGACCGUGUGCUUCCAGUCGAGGUCGUGUUCGCCAUUUUGGGUGGGUGAAUUCGAGUCAACAAACCGUAACUAAGCAGAAAUCAUUUCAGAAAGGUGUAUGAAUGGGGGUUGAGUGCUUUGCUAUCGGUUGCUCAAAUGAAAGUGGGCGUUGUAAAGCGUAUUUCUUUCGACAGCCAAUUGUGAUCAAGAAUCAGUGCGAGAAAAAUGUGCUGUUAUCCACCAAACGGCGACAACUGUGGCUGUCUCGUAUCAGUAAAGCUGAUCUAACAGCCAAAUCAUUCCCUUAUGUCAUUUGGAUGGAGUAUUUUGUUCUUGGUAGGGCUGACAUAAUACUCGUGUGAAUGCAAUGCAUGUUUAUCAAAAUCUGUGUUUUCUUUCAGCCCACAAAAGCAACUAAAACUGAACUGAACCCCCCCGGCACAGUACUCUAUAAUGAAUCUGUCUUUAUCUUUAUUUCAUUGUUUCACAUAUUCAGUUUGCACUUGCUUUUCUCAUCCCCCCAAAGUGAUCGCUAUCUGCACAUGUUGGCAAAAAAACGAAAAUAAUAAUCUACACCUUUCGUUGGUAUAAUCAACAUAAUUGAACACAACGCUGACUGUAAUCACGCGAAUACUUUCGACAGCAUUCACUCAGAAAUUAAGUAGCCUCAGCCUACAUAUUUAAAUUGCAUUGUGCGGUACACUAACCUUAGCAGUGUGGAGACACGUUGCUUACAAUGGAUACCGCCGGAUCAUGAACCCAGCCAUUGAUGAAUUGAUUGUUGGCCUCCAGAUGUUUGUAAUUUUUUAGUUGGUCCAUGGAAUAAGACAAGGGUUCUCAAUGGAUCGAUCGUGAUCAUUUUCGAUUGCGACGGCAUGCUGACAAAAAAAAAGACAUCAGCUAUAUAUAUAUAUAUUUUUUUUUUAACUUUAGCUCACCGUGCAUGUGCAAGCAACAACAGUACAAGAAAACAUGCUGACAGUGAGUUCCCCCCUAUUUUAAGAUCUUGCUUAAGAAAUCUUAACAAACAUGAGUAUGGAUGCUGCAGUGAAGAAGACAAAAAUGUAUUGCUUUCAUAUGGAAUGGGAGGCGGACAACUUUUUCACAAUGUAAUUUUUGAAGUGCGCUUGCCAAAUCUGCCAGUGUAAUGAAAUGUGGAGCGGCAUUUUUUAACUGUAUAUGGAAAAUACAACACCGACAUUCUGCCGAAAAGCAAGCUGAGAAUGAGAAAAGUGAACAAACUAAAAUCCCAACUGGCCGCACAGCAGUCACUUUUCACACAAUAUAGUUCAACAGUGAAAGCCGCCACUGAAAUAUCGUUUCCGGGUUCCUGACAUGAUUAAUAACAUGAAGUCCUUCCAAGCCGAUCUUUUAAAAAUAAGGCAAAAAUAUUAUCUUCAAUGAAUCAAUCUCUGCACCUGUAAAGGAGUAGUAACACGACGCUGUGAAGCCAUGGCUGCUCUGUGGAAGGACAUCGGAGAUUGUGAGUGUUUCUCACUGCAGUUGGACGAAUGCACUGAUGUGAGUGACAUCCCCCAGUUGUGCAUUUUCAUUCUUAGGGCGUUUAGUGAUCAACAUGAACUCAGAUAGUUCAGGAAUGAAAAUGCAAAAUGAGAAAAAAGUCUGAAAAGUAGCUAAGCGAUUUUAGCAAUUUGUUUGCCCCUAUAUCAUUAAUUUCAGCACUGAAUUUGACUGUAUUUGUGGAAAAAAAUUUCCCUUGUUUGGUGCUCUACCAGUUCAGCAAAAAUGUAAAUAUCAGUUUCAUUUCUUCAAUGCUUGAAAUAAUGUACUUAUUUGAAGCACAUUACAUGUUUCCCCAUUUGCCAAACUUCAGAAUGAAUUUUCAAUCUCUUUCACUGUUUAAUAUGGAUACACCACUAUAUUUUCUUUUUGAUAUGCAGUCAAUUGUUCAUAGAAUUAGUAUAGUGUUUUUAGAACAAUAUAAAUAAAAAUUACCUUACCACUCA